CGGCUCUCCGAAACUGACAACACUGUCGACAUGGAGGCUUCAGACGAGUGCUGCUUCACGGGAAGUUUGCACGAAGGACAGCCAAACGGAACCAUCAAAAACAUUAACGAUGUCCCAACAUAUUGUACCAUGCCUUUGGGAGGCGUAGGAUCACAGCAUGACACGAACGCAAUCAUCUACCUUCCUGACGUCUUUGGGAUGCAGCUCGUGAAUAAUCAGCUAGAGAUAUUCAACAAAACGCUCAAGGCGGAUCGUUUGACUGAUUCAGGCUACAACGUGUACAUGCCUGAUUAUCUGAACGGAGACCCUCGCCCUGGGUCUGUCGAUCAAGCUCCACCGACAUCGUUCAAUGUCAACGCCUGGAAGGCUGCACAUACCGUGACGCAAACACGUCCCCCCCUCGAUAAGGUGAUCGCGGGACUCAAGAAUGAGGGUUACACUGUGUUUGCUGCCACUGGAUAUUGCUUUGGCGCGCGGUACGUGGUGGACCUUGCACUGGAAAAUGCCAUCCAAGUGGCCGUCAUCUCGCACCCAUCCCAACUUCUUAUCCCCUUCGACAUUGACGCGUUGGUGGCCGCCUCCAAUGUGCCGCUGCUGAUCAACUCCUGCGAGUUCGACCCGCAUUUCCCCCAAGAGUGGCAAAGCAUCGCGGACGAGAAGCUGGGCGCGGGGAAGUAUGCGCCGGGCUACAAGAGGACGUACUGGGAGGGAUGCUCACAUGGCUUUUUGACGAAAGGCGACUUGUCCGAUUCCAAAGUCAAGUCUGGGCAAGAUGGCGCUGUUGAAGCAACGAUAGCUUGGAUUCGGGAGCACCUUCAGAAUUCGCAAGCGUGA